UGGUAGUAACCAAACCUGAACCCACCCCAAGGACAUGUAGCCACGGUAACAACGAUACCCUGGGCUGCCAAAGCUCAUGGGAAAUGUAGUCGCUGAGUUUUAACAAAAUAAUUGUUAUUUCAUCUUUGUUUAAGUGUUUAUAUGUACUUAUUGUACCAGCCAGCACACAGGUAGAUGCCGGCUUUGGAUUAAGCACGGACAGAACACCGGAGACACGUGUAUCACCCUUUCCUUGAAAAAAAAAAAAGAAGAAAAAAAAAAAAGAAGCUGAAUAAAUCCUUGUUGAUAAGAGGAGACUGUGGGACGUCAGGGGCCCGCCUUGCGCCUGCGCGAUGAACGGAGAAACUUCGCGCGUUUCGAGCUGGGCUAAUUGAAAAACUGUCAAAGAAAGAAGUAUCAUGUUUUUUGACAGCAAAUCUUUCUGAAGACAACAGAGACCGAGUGACAGUUCCUCGGAAAUAAGAAUGGCACCGGGUCAGAAUACACAGUUGGAGAAAGCCAUUGAAGAGGUGUUAAAGAGUGGGGAUGUCCACGCACUGGAUAUAUUCUUGGGGGAGAUAACUGAAGGGAUCCCCAUAAAAUGUUCUCAACAGUUUCUCACCAGAUUGGAUAAACUCGUCUGCAGGUGCUUGGACCAAAAAGACCUCAGAGGAGCCAGUUUGGGUCUCUCUAUCCUCCUCAACUGUGGGACAAACCUGAAACUACCUGGUGUUGGCCAGGGGCUAUCAGGAAUAAUAGGCCAUGGCCUGAUUGAAAAGAUGGUGCAGUGGUUUGAAAAAUGCAGGCAGCUGUGGAUCCAGUGUGGCCCACAGUGGGAUGAGACCUUGUUCAACCUUUCUGAGGACUUCUUUGAUGCUCUAAUGGUGGUUCAUGAAGCAUGCAAAGAGGGAACAUACAAAAUCACAGAGUCCUUCCUUUAUCCUGUUGGCCAAUUGGGAGUGGACCCCAGGAUCUACAUUCUGAUCCAGAAGGAGGCAAUUCGUAAAUUUAACUUAAUUCUGGACAAAAUCCCAGUGGAGCUUAAGAAAGAGAAGAAGAUCCUAACAUCACAGGAUGCCUCAGAUGUCAUGGUCAAAUUAGCUGGUCAGAUAUUGGAGAGUGGUGAUUAUGACUUGCAGACAGCCCUGAUGGAGGCAUUGUGCAGGAUGGCCAAUUCUGACCAGAGGAGGAAGCUGGCAGAUCGAUGGUUCACCAUGGAGCACGUGGCCAGUGCUUUUGCCAAGAUCAGUGAUUCUGAGUUUGAGACGGAUUGUCGCAAGUUUCUGAACUUGGUGAAUGGGAUGCAGGGAGACAAGAGAAGAGUGUAUUCCUACCCUUGUUUGGAAGUUUAUCUGGACAAGCAUGAGCUGCUGAUGCCCGCUGAUGAGAAGCUGGAAGAAUUCUGGAUCGACUUCAACCUUGGCAGCCACAGCAUCUCCUUUUACUUCUCUUUGGCUGCUGAAGAGGCACAGGAGGGCCAGUGGGAAACAAUUUGUAUUAAUGAGAAUGAAGUCCACAGUUACACAGUUACAGAGGAGGGCAAGAGGAAAGUCUUGCACUUAAAACUGUCAGAGGUUGUGGUAAUCAGUGCAGUUGAAGGGUCAAGUCUUACCAUCCAUUUUAGCUCAUCCUUGGAUGUCCUGCAGGCUGUGGGUAGCGUCUAUGGAUACAGCAAAAACAAAAGCUUUGUAGGAAAGACAGGCACAUCUGUGGUGAAGACUACAGUCAAAAUCAUAAUGGAAGAGAACAUCUCCCAGGUUGUUCCAGAGAGCCAGUUCUCCCUUGGUGAAAGUGAGAAAAAUACUGCCCGAUACAUUUUACCUUCCCCAUCUGCACCUGUACAGACGGUGACCCCAGCCAAGAUGAGGAUUUCAGAGUCUACCAACUUCAUCUGCAAUAGUGCAGGAGGAAGUGUACAUGCUGCCAGCUCCCUCUCUGCUGUUAAGGCAUCAAACACUCUAGCCAAGGGUAAAGGGAAACCGUUGUUGAAGAUGGUUCGUUCGUGUGAUAGGCAAGGUGAAUCAUACUUAGGAGAGCUGAGGACGACUGCUAAGACUUGCAGUCAUGACACAACACCCAGCAGCACAACAGCAGGUGGCAUGAUAGAGCAGAAACAUAUGUCUCUACAGAGCUGGGCUUCCAAACAGGCCAGUAAGAACAAGGUUGACAAACACAAAAAGAACGUACCUUUGGCAAAAGCAGGAGAUAUCGUUCAAGCUGGAUAUGGAGACGAACAAUCUCUGGACAGUUUUGUGCCUGACACCCAACCUGUGAGAAACAUAUCUUGGAACAAACUGUCAGUUUCUGAAAUGUUAAUGAUGCCCACACAGAAAAUAAAUACUUUGCACAGACCUGAGCUUCAUUCAAGUUCGGUACAACAGCAGGAGCACCCGUCAUCAGUUCCUGGCACAGGCCCAAUCAGCCAAAAGCAGCUCCAUACUGAACUCACCCAGCGUCUGCAGCAGGUCCUCAGUGAGGAUAACCAAGAUCGGCAACCUCACAAGACAGCUGCACACCGGAGAAAAAGCUCUGAUAUCACAGGCGACUCUAAAGGCCAAGGCUCUGCAGACCAGUAUGCUUCCACUCUGUGCACUCCCAAAGUGCAGCAGGACCAGAGAAAUGGCCCAACCAAAGGGAAGAGCAAAGGCCAGAUGUCGCUUGAAGCAAAUGCUGCGCAAAACAAGGCUCCAGUCAAGGCCCCCACAACCAGAGCUCUGCAAGAGAGAAUACCACCUAAUGUUAAGGCUGGAACUAACAAGGCCCUUUCAAACAAACAGAAGAGAGAUGCAGAGGUUGCAGGAAGCAUGGUGAAGCUCAUCUCUAGCCAUUAUGAGAGUAAAUCCCAAUACACAGCAAAAAAUACAGCAGAAAAGAUCAGUUCCAGCUGGAUACCUCCUCUUGUUAACAGGCAGAUCUUCAAUACGAGCUGGUUAUCAAGUGCUAAAAGAGAUGUAUCUGGAGCUGUAAGCCAAAAGAAAUCCUACAACAAAACAGCAAACAACUCUUCGGGGAAGAAAAAGGAUAUUUUUGCAUUCAGCAUUGAUCCACCAUUGAGUAUUAAGGGAAAGGACAAAACACUCACUGACACUUCUGCCAUGUCAAGCAGUGGCAUCCAUGACUCCUCAGUACUCCACAGCACAACCAAGAAAGGACAACCUGUGACAAAAGACAAGCGGUAUGUGAAAAAGCAUUUGUUCAGUGACACAGAUAUAGACUACGUCAUGACAGAGGUCAGCUGGCUGAGAGAGUCAAGCAGGAAACCAAAACCCAAAGUCACCAAAUACUCUAGGCAGGCACCCAUCAAGCCUAAGGCUGUGUCACCUCAGACUUCAUAUAAAUCCCCAAAUUUACCACCACCCACCCCAAAACAUGUAAAGGGCAAUUCCAAACCCAAUAAAAAGAAGCCCAGUGUGAAGCUGAGAGUGGAGCAGCCAAAGAAGACAGUGAAGCCAGCAGCAACUCCCAACAGACCACAUGCAGCAGGCAGGAGACCCAAGAGAGCUGCAGCCACCUUCACCAAGAGCUACAGGGAGCCAGACACUGAUGACAGCCAGUCAGAAUCAGAGAGGCCUUCUGGUCCCAAGAACUCUUUGUCUGAUCGUCUGGAGAAUACUGAGAAAGCUCAUGAGGCUGCACACACUAUGAAGAAAAAGUCUGCCAGCAAACAACCAGCCAGAAGCUACAUGAAGCCAGAGCGCAACCAUCAUAGCAGCCAGUCAGAGUCAGAAUCAGAGUCAGUGUCAGAACAGCCAUCCACUUCCAAGCAGAGGCCUGAAAAUGUUCUUCAACAAAGUUUGAAGUUAAACAAAAAAAAUGUCCAAGAACAGAUGAAUGCAUUGAAGGAUUCCUGGGCUGCCCGCCAGACCUCGUUCUGUCUGUCCCCUCCUUUCAUCGAGAGGAUGAGAUCUGCCGAGAGGUCAGCUCCAACCUUGGGUUUGACCUGCUCCCCUAUCCUCACCCCGCGGGGAUCCCCACUCCCUGCCUCCCCUGACCCUGCCUGCCAGGACACCCCCUCGCCAAUCCUGCUGCUACCCAAACCUUGUUCUACAGUCAGCAGUAAAGGAAACUUCAAGCCCUCCUCUUUCUAUGAAGCAGAAAAGAAGCACAACACAUCCAAGACUCAAUCCAUCCAGUCUGACCCCUUUUUCCCUUCACUGGGAGGUCAAACCCCUGUACCCAAUCCUCCCAUUGGACCUAGUGCAGCCAAGAUAAGUCCAAUACAGCAGUGUCUGUCCCCAGCACCUCGAUCUCCUUUGUCUCGAUCCACUGGGCCCCUGUUGACAUCCACAUUCUUUGAGCUGGACAAGCCGUCCAUGCCCUCUCCUCCUCGGUCACCAUUCCCUGAAGACACUGUCAACCGUGGCUGCCUUUAUGGAUUUAGUAAAGUGUCUUCAGUAGUUUCCCAGGUUUCACAAAGCCAAUCAUCAACUAAGUCAUCAGUGCUCACUAGUAGAGUUAAAGACAGCCCUAAUUCUGCUCUGACUGUAUCUCAUAAAGUAGAGAAAACACCACCAUCAGACCGAGACAUAAAGCCUGCACAGAUUCUUGUCUCAGGACCCAGUCGCAAGCGCCACAUCUCCUUAUCCAGUAAUUCUGAGGAAGAUGACAAGCAAGAGUGGAAGAAAAGCAAGAUGAGAGGGCAGCAUUCUCCUCGGAUGAAGCCAAAGAAGUUGUUCAAGUCCUUCACUGAGGUGCCUGCUGAAGGUGAGGUGAGCCGGGCCAUGUCUUCUUUCCAUACAGUGAGCUCCAGUCACUGGGAGGUUGAAGUAGGGGCUGGAGACAUGGACAUGGAUGAGGAUUUGGACUUGCCAGUAGGAAAUGCUGUAAACCCGAGUAACUUCUGCCAGCAAUUCAGCGCUGAACUUAAAAAGAAGUUCCAGAACCAUCACAAGAUGAUGGAGCUUUACAACAAGCAGUCUUUGAAGGCCGUGCAGCAACAUGUUUCCUCCUUCAACAUGCAAGUUACCAAAUACAGGACUCAGAGGCUUGAACAGGUUCAGAGGGUCCUAAUGGACGAGAUCCACAAGUUGGAGCAGGAUGACACUGUGCUCAAAAGCAUGGAGAAAGACCUGACUAUUCACUGGAAAAAACAGACUGUGGCUUUCCAUUCUUACCAGGAGCAGGAAACCAGAAGAAAUGAGACCCUGAAGAAAGCCCUCCAGAGUAAUGUGUGCCACAGCUUGGAAUAUGAGCGGCGAAUAUUCACAUCCCAGAUGUGCCUGAUAAGAAAAGAUAUGAAGUCAGUUCAGGACAGACUCCUCAGUGAGAUGCAAGAGGGGGAGAUUCAGAGUGUGAAGAGAGGUCUGCAUGCUUUGUUUUUUCCUGAUGGAGCAAGGUUCUGAGUUGUCCUCGACACUGUAAACAAGGUUGUGUACUUCACUGUGCUAUGUAAGUGUAGCCGUUACGCUGAGGUGUUGAUUUUUCCAGGUUGUGCUUUUAUUGUAUGUGAAUGUAUUAGCUUAUUCUGACCUGGACAUGUUGUUACUAUAUGAUUGUUCCUAUAAAUGUUAUGAUAUUAUUAUUACAGAUUCAGUCAUUUUAAUGUUCUUUGAAAGUAAGUAUAGGUACUAAGCUUCUUCAAUGUCUUUAAUUAUCUUGGUUCUAUAAUAUUUUUAAUGCAAAGUCAUGAUUUAUUCAUAUAGGUUAUUUAAAUCCUUUGAUUGUUUUUAAAUACCUUCUCAACCUGAAUCCUCA